GGUCAUGCGACAACUGGAUUUCCUCACUAUCGCCACCACUAAAUACUGUCAUUCGAAGCAGCGACUCAUCAAUGAACGGCCAUUAGCUCCUCUCCAAGGUGGCCGUCUUACCCUGGUCGGUCGACGCCCACAGUGAUACCUCCUCACCACCGCCGCGAUGGCCUCCUCUGGCACAGCACUCUCACACGCGCCCGUCGACGCCGACUUUCGCUCUAUCAGUCGUCAGCCGCCAUCGGAUCCGGACAUCCAGGCGACCCUGUCCGACUUCCUGACAUACACGGAGCACUUUCCUUCACACCUCACCCGCGCCCUCGCCCUCAUUCAAGACCAGCGCACAAAAGCCGAGCGCAUGGUUCGAGCUGUUCACGAGGAUACCACAGCAUACAGCAUUCUACCAACCAUCAAGCAGAACCGUCCCGAUCCCGUGCAGCUGCGCAGAGAUAUCAGUCAUGCGCUCGAAGAGGCCGAAGCCGCGUGUCGCAUGUCGGUCGCGGAGGCCGUCCGUCUGGACGAGGAGUGCAAGCGAGAGGCACGGCGCUUGGAUAUUGUUACCGAGAAGUUGAAGGCUCAACCCAAACCUCCUUCGAGAGAUCCCACUCCCGAGCAGCAGGCCUUGACAUCCCCAAAUCUGAAGCGAGAGCGAGGCAUGAGCACAAGAGGAGAAGACACAAAGCCGGAGAAGAAUCUGAAACGAUCACAGGACAAGGCUGCGGCGAAAUUGCGUAGUCGCAAGGUGAUGGUGCCAGGCGAAGUCAUUCCGCCUCCGGAUCCCAAUGCACCCGUGGAGACUUUGUCGGAUUGGACAUCUCCACGUGCUUCACCACCUCUUCUCGAUCUGCCCAAAGUGACUGUGGAGGGCGAAGACAAGAAGAUGAAGCCGCGUGGACCACGCGCACCUGGCCAACCAGGAACCAAUGCCCACUCCGCAGUCGCAGGAAUUAGCACAUCAAACGCGAUCCUUGCUCUUCACGAGCCACCACCGGACGCCGCAAAGGGAAGCAAAUGGCUCCCAUGGAUGAAGUUGACAGAAUGGGAGAUGGCAAAGCUUAGAAAGCGGAUGAAGAAGAAUGCAAUCUGGGUGCCGUCGCAGACCAUGGUCCGUCGAGAGCUUAAGAAUCUAGGCCGCGGAAACACUGGAAAAGAGGCUGCACGGGCACGAGCGCAGGAAACUGGAGACCGGUUCGUCGAUGAACCCAACGAAGCGGACCCAACUAAGGUUAUUAUUAGCGGCGAGGAGACAGACCAGAUGAAUGCCAUGCUUGGCCCGCAGAUAUACGCCGAAGACGAAGACGCCGACGCCGAACUGAUUAAUCGAGGUAUGAGGCUCAAUGAGGCAAAGAAGCUGAAAAGGCAGCGUCUUCUGGAAGAAGCGGCUCUGCAAGCACAGCUGGCGCGUGAACAAGGUGUUGAAGCGGCAGAGGAUAAAACUUCCAACGCAUCUCCGGAGCAGAAGAAGCGCAAGCGCGAGACCACGCCAGCCGCAAACCAAGACACACUGACCAAAACAGGUCCAGUGAUCAAGAAAUUGAAGGUUUCCGCUCCUCCAAGUGCCGGGCAGAUGACAUUGAAAGUACCUCUAGCUCCGGCAGGUGUCUCAUCGUCGCCCAAAGCAUCCAACAGCCGCAGUCGCCGCGCCGCCACUCCUCCCGCAACCCGCGGACCGACCAUCAAGCUGAAGAUGGGCAAAGCAGUCUCUGAAGAACCACCUAACAGGCGCGCCGGUCUUCGCCGCAACAGCAAUGCCAGUCUGCCCAGUACAAGUAUGUCGUCAACAAACGCAGCCACCUCGCCCACCAGCACAGCUCCUGCGGCGGCGACAACCAAGAGCGGUCGCCGCAGCCGCCGCCCGGUGCCGGGAGUCAUCACUAGCAACGACGACGAAAGCGCCAAGGUUGGCGUCUCCAAGCGCAAGGCAGCACCGAAUCGCAAACGCAACAGCGGAGCGAACACACUGAAGAAAGACUCCGCCGCUCCUCUUGAUGCGCAAGUGCCCGCCAUGGAAGCCCUACCCGAGGAAUACGUGGAUCCGGACGAGCCACGGUACUGUAUUUGUGGAGAUGUCAGUUGGGGAACGAUGAUUGGCUGCGACAACGAGGAGAGUUGCGAGAAGGAAUGGUUCCAUCUGGAAUGUGUGAAUUUCAGCGAGAUGCCGCCGAGGCGUAUGAAGUGGUAUUGUCCCGAUUGCAGGAAGAAACUGAAAGUUGGGAAUAAGGACACCGGGCUGGUGGAGAAGGGAUGA